AUGACGGGCGGCGGCGGUACAUCAACGGCGACUCGGUCCCCUUCGCCAUGGCGGAGUAAGACGCCGCCGGCUUGUACGACCUCUGCGGCGGCCACGGGCGCGACCGUGUUUCCGGGAAGUGGGGUGGCCAUCGGCUUGUCCUUGCACCACUCCGCUGGCGACGGCUCGAGCUCCGUGCAAUUCGUGGCCUCCGCCUGCCGGUCGGGCGGAUACGUGCCGGUGGUACCGCCGCCGCCCGUCAUCGAUAGAUCUCUCGUCUCCGAUCACCGUGGGCUGCUAAAGCAACUGGUGGUGGCCAAGAUCGAGGAAGGCAAGACCGAGUCGUUCCAUUGCUCCACGAUCGUCGUCUCGUACGCCUACGUGUGGCCGUGCCUGGUCCCAGCGCAGGGCGUUGACCGUGACAAGACUGCGCACUUGGCAUUCGCCGUCGACUGCAGGGGACGGCUGAGUCUUCCGCUACCGGCGGGGUACUUCGGGAUCUGCGUCGGUUCGUGCUACGUGGAGGUGGGGUCGGGCGAUACCGCCGGAGGAGACGACGACGGGUUCCUGGCGGCCUGUGAGGCCACCGGGAGGACCAUCGAGCGGCUAAAAGAGGGGUUGUUCGACGGCGCGGAGAGGUGGUUGGAGAAAAUGUCGUAUGUGCUGGCGAAUCGAGCCAUGAGGGUGGCAGGAUCGCCAAAGUUGAUUUCGGGUGGGGGAGGCCACAGAAGGUAG